AUGGGUUUUUUGAAAAAGUCUGAGAUCUCAGUGGGUCUUUCAGGAACUAUCGACAUGGAGGUGGCGCAGGGGAACGCACUAUUCGUGGACGAACGGUACGAAGAAGCUAUAGUGUGCUACACGCGUGAGCUAGAGAAGAACCCAGAAAAUACGGACGCACUAGCCAAGCGUGCCGCGUCGUUCCUGAAGCUGCACAAGCCGCACGAGGCUGCAGCCGACGCUUCACGAGCGACAAGUCUGGACGCUACGCUGUAUAUGGCGUAUAUGCGUCACGGUAUAGCGCUAUUUGAGCUGGAAAAGUACACUGAGGCCAAGCAAGCUUUUGAAUCAGGCAAUGAGGCAGCAAAACUCGUAGAUAAUCACGCGCUGGUCAAGCAGUUCCAGACGUGGAUACGAAAGUGCAAUGUCGAAAUUGAUUGUGGCGGAGACGCAGAGCUCAUUGUUCCUGAUGAAGAGAUAGGUGGUAAGUUGAGCAACCGGAGUAAUGCAGUGGAGGGUGACUUGCUGCGAUUUCAGCCGACGAUUCGUUAUGACUGGUACCAAUCAGGGACCCACGUGACGAUAGCGAUCCUUCAGAAGAAUCUCUCACGCGACGAUGUUAUCGUCACUAUUGAGUCGAAGAAAGUCAUUGUUCGGGUGAGACUGAGUGGAGAGUGGUUCGAGGCGUUGAACAAGGCCCUCUUUGCCGAAGUUGUGCCCGAUCGGAGUUCGUACAAAGUGAUGGGCUCGAAAGUGGAGCUCAAGCUCGAAAAAGCGUACAGCGGCGUGCACUGGGACGACCUCAAGGAAGUAGUGCAUCAUGCAGGUGCGCUGGUUACUGCUGGCCCUGCUGCGGUUGUCGAGACAAAGCGCGAGCACGUAGCGCGUCCAUACGCGAGCAGCCGUGACUGGAACGAGAUCGAGAAGGCCAUCAGGGACGAGUUAGAGGCGGAGAAACCUGAAGGCGAGGAAGCAAUGCAGCAGCUAUUUCGAGAUAUAUAUGCCAAGGCCGACGAGAACACGCGCAAGGCGAUGAACAAGUCUUUUCAAACAUCAGGCGGCACGGUGCUCUCCACGAACUGGAAGGAAGUGUCAAGCAAGGACUACGAGAAGGAGCGGUCGUCAGCCGCGUGA